AUUAGUACUCUCUUUAUAUCAGAAAACAUAAAACGGCUAGUCUUUCAUUCCCCAUCGGCAAAGAAGAAAACUUGGAAGUCAGUGUUAUUGUUUUUACUAUUUUGUUAAUAAAACUUCAAAUAUAACGAUAUGCUUAAAACUGUAAUAUUAGACUUGGCCAGAUUAAGGCUCAACCCGGUGGCUGUUACACAAGUACGCGAGAAGGGCCAGCUAAGUAGACCACAUUUAAGAAACCCCUCAUGGUUCCUGCGUAAGGAACGCAAGAUGCGUGACAAUUUGGUUACUUCGGAAAACAAAUCAUUUGUUCAAGAGAUUAUACAUGACAAAUUUGGACCUCCCGCCCUUAUCAAAGGUGUAGCUUCUUAUGAUCAAACAAAACGUGAACAAUUGGUAAAAACUGAUGAAUUACCAACUGAUCAAGUUUGGACAACUAAAGAACGUCGCACCGGCCUGAUUGCCCGCAAAAUUGGCCAAUAUCCCCUAUGGCUGAAGAAUGGAGAAAAGAUACGUACCACUUUAUUGCAAAUUGUGGAUAAUCAUGUUAUUAAGUAUACACCACCAGAGCAAUAUAAACCCACUCAAUUACCCAAUGUGGCACGCUUGAAUAGCUAUGGAUGCUUAUUGGUGGGAGCAGAAAGUUGUGAUCCUUCAACAUUGACCAAAGAGUAUUGUGGCUUAUUUAAAGAUUCAGGCUUGUUGCCCAAAAGGCAUUUGGUGCGUUUCCUGGUUACUCCAAAUGCAGCUAUUCCAGUGGGAACACCUUUGAAUGUGGGACACUAUAGAGUGGGUGAUUAUAUAGAUGUGCGAGGAAAAACAGUUGAUCAUGGCUUCCAGGGUGUUGUCAAACGUCAUGGUUUUAAGGGUAUGCCUGCUUCUCAUGGUGUCACAAAAACCCAUAGACGUCCCGGUAACAUUGGUGGUGGUGGCGAGAAAGGUCGCGUUUGGCCUGGUACUAAAAUGCCUGGUCACAUGGGCAAUAGAUGGCGGAUAGCCAAAGGUCUGCGCAUAUGGCGCAUCAAUACCAAAUACAAUGUUAUGUGGGUAAAUGGCAGUGCCAUACCUGGUUCAACCAAUGGCCUUGUCUAUAUCUAUGAUACCAUACUGCCAGUUCGCAAACAUAAAACUGCACCUCCAUUCCCCACAAUGUUUGAACAGGCUACAGAAGGACCCGACGACAUAUGGUUUGAGAAUGUGCAUAAUUUUAAGAACGAAAGCAUAACAUUUCAACCAGAGGAAUAGAGAUAUUUAUUAUUAAAAAAAUAUUAACAAUUGUAUUUUUUAAUUAUGAUUUUUUUUGUUAAACAAAAUAAAACACUGUUCUUAUUACUUAUCGUAGGAAA